AUAACAGUUUUUCAUUGAACUACCUCAAGUGUACUUGUAGUAAUCAGUUUCGGAAUAACGCGAAAUCGCAGUUAAUUAUUCAAAAUGUUUAGAUACGUUUUAAUAGCAGCAGUAUUAUGUCUGACUAUAUUCGUCCUAGAGGUACAAGGUAGAGGUUGUUUAAUACCCAAAACUAAACAAAAAAGAUCAGUGGAUUAUGAAGUGGGGCGACCACGUUUGGAUGGUCGUAUUGUGGGCGGUUAUAAAAUCAAUAUUACCGAUGCUCCUCAUCAAAUAUCGUUACAAACUUCGGGUCAUAUUUGCGGUGGUUCUAUCAUUUCACCACAAUGGAUUUUAACAGCAGCUCAUUGCACCGAAGGCCGCACAGCUUCUCGCAUGAAGGUUCGUGUUGGUUCUUCAGAAUCCGCCAAGGGUGGUGAACUUAUACAGGUGGCCGAAAUUGUCCAGCACAAACAAUUCAAUUACACGAAUGUUGAUUACGAUUAUUCGCUCCUAAAACUCACGAAAGAAAUUGAAUUUGACGAUACCAAGAAAGCUGUAAAACUACCCGAUGUCAAAGAUGAUUUCAUGGAUGGUGAUACUUGUUUUGUAACCGGUUGGGGCAAUACUCAAACCUCAGCCGAAUCCCGCGAAUGGUUGCGUCAGGCUGAAGUGCCCAUUUUUAAUCAGGAAGAAUGUUCAGAUAAAUAUAAGAAAUUCGGUGGUAUUACUGAACGUAUGAUUUGUGCCGGCUACAUUGAGGGUGGCAAGGAUGCCUGUCAGGGUGAUUCUGGUGGUCCUUUGGUAAAUGAAUCUGGUGUUUUAGUGGGUGUUGUUUCGUGGGGUUAUGGUUGUGCUAAACCUGAUUAUCCGGGUGUUUAUUCUAGAGUUACUUCUGUGCGCGAUUGGAUUCGUACAAAUAGUGGAGUUUGAGAAAUUUGUUAUAGAGAAAAUUGUUGAAAAUAUUAUGUUGCAUCUUUUUGAAUAAAAUUAAAUUUAAAUAAAAAUCCUUGGUUU